CACUCCUAAGCUUGGGCAUCGUCUAAAGACACCAACAUGGAUACAGCUUUAUAUAAGAACGCAACGUGGUUAUCUCUUCUGUAUCAUAGAGAGACACAGACAGAAAGCAAAUCUGUUAUAUAAAAUAGUUCAUCUCUGAGACUGCGGUGUAUUCGGAAGGUCUCUAGCAGAGCAGGGAGAACGCCAUUAGAAUAAGUAACUAGAGUGACCUGUGGCCUCUGGACCAGAGCGCCACCACUGGACCGGGAGAGGUGAGUGCGUUCUAGUCUGUUAUAUUUUAGCAAUGGGACAAUGCAUUUUGUUUUUUAGAGAAAUCUGAAAACUCCUAUAAUGUCUCCUCAAAUGUUUCCCCAGAUUAUCUCCAGGAAAUGGAUUUUAUUUCUCCAUAGAUUCUGGUGCGGUUUAUCAUCGUCUCCUCUUCUUCCCUUCAGGUUUCUCCAAUCCAGGAUCCUCUGCUGAUAUCUUCUAUAUAAGAGAAUUCUCCUGGAUGACCCAUCAACCAUGGAGAGAGACAGGAACAAGAUGGCCGACAGGAUCAUAAACCUCACUCUACAGAUACUCUUCCGGCUUACUGGAGAGGAUUACACAGUAGUGCAGAAGUCCUCUAGUGGGCGCUCUCUGGCCCCUGAAUGUGAAGGAUGGGGAAGAACCCUGAGCCCAAUCCCGGGGCCCCCACCUCACUCCCUGAUACAUGAGGAAAUGGAUGAACAGAAGAUCCGAGAACUUAUCAACAAGAUGAUGGAGCUACUGACUGGAGAGGUUCCUAUAAGGUGUCAGGACGUGGCGGUCUAUUUCUCCAUGGAGGAAUGGGAGUAUGUAGAAGGACACAAGGAUCAGUACAAGGAUCAGGUGAUGAUGGAGGAUCAGCAGCCCCUCACAUCACCAGUCAGAUCCAGUAAGAGAACAGCACCAGAGAGGUGUCCCCGUCCUCUUGUUGAGCAGUAUAAGGAGGACAUUACUACAGGAAAAGAUCUGAUCUAUACUAAUGCUACAGACAUAAGGGAAGAAGAAGAAGAGACAGAUGUCAGCGGAGAUGAGCAGUAUAAGGAGGACAUUCCUACAGGUAACCACAAAGAUCCUUGUACCAGGAGAUCAGAGGAGAAUCUUAUAUCUUCAGAUUAUAAAGCAGAUGAUGAUAUCACACAAGAUACAUAUGAAGAACAUUCCAUUAUCCCAGAUACACCCUCAGCCCUUCACAGCCAAGAUCUGUCAUCUCAUCCUUAUAUACAGGUCCUGUCUUCUCAGUCAUCACAGGAUGUUCAGCAAAAUAAAGGUCACAGAAGGGGUGUUGGACGUCAACGAGCUCAUACAGGAAAUAAACCAUAUUCAUGUUCAGAAUGUGGGAAAUGUUAUCUUAAAAAAUCACAUUUUGUUCGACAUCAAAGAACUCACACAGGAGAGAAGCCAUUUUCAUGUUCAGAAUGUGGGAAAUGUUUUUUUCAGCAACCCCAUCUUGUUAAACACCAAAGAACUCACACAGGGGAGAAGCCAUUUUCAUGUUCAGAAUGUGGGAAAUGUUUUUUUCAGCAACCCCAUCUUGUUAAACACCAAAGAACUCACACAGGAGAGAAGCCAUUUUCAUGCUCAGAAUGUGGGAAAUGUUUUACUCAGAAAUCACAUCUUAUUCAACAUCAAAGAACUCGCACACGGAGGAAGCCAUAUUCAUGUUCAGAACGUGGGAAAUGUUUUACUGAGCAAUCAAGUUUUGUUCAACAUGAACAAACUCACACAGGAGAGAAGUCAUUUUCAUGUGUAGAAUGUGGGAAAUGUUUUACCCGGAAAUAUAUUCUUGUAAAACAUGAACGAAUUCACACAGGAGAGAAGCCAUUUUCAUGUGUAGAAUGUGAGAAAUGUUUUACUCAAAAAAUACAUCUUGUUAAACAUCUAAGAACUCACACAGGGGAAAAAACAUUUUCAUGUUCAGAAUGUGGAAAAUAUUUUACUGAGAAAUCAAAUCUUGUUCAGCAUCAAAUAACUCACACAGGGGAGAAGCCAUUUUCAUGUGCAGAGUGUGGAAAAUGUUUUAGUAACCAUACAUAUCUUGUUAAACACCAAAGAACUCACACAGGGGAGAAGCCAUUUUCAUGUUCAGAAUGUGGAAUAUGUUUUACUCAGCAAUCAAGUCUUGUUAAUCAUGAACGAAUUCACACAGGAGAGAAACCAUUUUCAUGUGUAGAAUGUAAGAAAUGUUUUACUCAGAAAACAAAUCUUGUGAAACAUCUAAGAACUCACACAGGGGAGACGCCAUUUUCAUGUGCAGAAUGUGGGUUAUGUUUUACUCAGCAAUCAAGUCUUGUUAAUCAUAAACGAAUUCACACAGGAGAGAAGCCAUUUUCAUGUGUAGAAUGUAAGAAAUGUUUUACUCAGAAAACAAAUCUUGUGAAACAUCUAAGAACUCACACAGGGGAGACGCCAUUUUCAUGUUCAGAAUGUGGGAAAUGUUUUGCUCAGAUAUCUCAUCUUGUUAAACAUAAAAGAAUUCACACAGGAGAGAAGACAAUUCCAAGAAAUAAAUGAUGCAGAUAACACAUCUAUAUAUUAACCAUGUACAUAGGAUAUCUGACAUUUAUACAUAUAUCAUAUACUGCAUCUCCAAACUUGUUCCCAAUUGUUAAUAAAGUUUUCUUUUAGAACGUAGUCACCGAUCCAGCGAUGUCAUCACUAUAGUUUACAUGGUAGGAAAAGAGUGUGAUAUAUGGUUGUGAUAUUCACUGCUCCUCAUGGAGAAGACCCAACAGGCAUAAUCCAUGGGGAGCUGCUACUGGAGACCCAAACACCUCAGAGAGAAGGGACUUAUUCCAGUGAUGAAGAAUUCCAGGACAUGACCAGAUUAGAGACACAAAAUCACUUCUAU